UCGAACGUACGCACGCACCACCAUCAUCACCGUAAAAUACCAAGAGAUUUUCCUUCAUCGAAAGAAAUCCUUUUGUCUAUUGUGAUUCCUUCUUUUUAUUUUAUAAACAACAAAUUGUACGAUAGAAAAUUUGUUGCGAAAAAUAAGAAGAUAAAAAAUAAAACAAACCAUUCAAACAUGAAAUUCUGUGAUCAAUUGACUCAAUUUUAGUGAAUAAGAAAUGGUGAACGAAAAGUGAUGGAAUUGCCGAGAUUGAAGGAGGAAAAUUGAAAGAAAAAAAAACGAACGGGAAAACAAGUGCAAUUUGUACAAAGCAAGCGUAAACUCAUUCAGUGGAAACAGUGGUGUGUAGAAGGCGAGUGUGAGAGAGAGAAGCUGAAAGCGAGCCAACAUGUGUGUUCAGUGUAUUGAAAUCGGUCCACCGCCAGACACAAUUCUGACGAUGCCACCGCCACCGUUGCCAGCAUUUUUAGUACCGAAACAUCCGUUGAUUCCAUUCGCUCAAAAUGAUUCGAAAUUGUGUUAUGCAUCGUAUAUGUGCGAAACGUUGCCGGGACCCCGAAUACAGUCUGGAAUUGAAUUUAUCGAAUUGCCUGGCCAUGGUCUGAAUGAUGCGUGGCUUUUUGUUGUCAUAGCCUCAAUAGUUGGUGUGAUUUUGCUCAUUACCGUAGUCACAUUUACGUUCAUCAAAUGUCGAGAGAAUAAAAGACGAAAACAUUUACCACCGAAGAGUAUGUGCCACGAACCGCACGUUUCAAUGGACAAAUCACAGUCGUAUAUGUCGGGCAAUAUGCUGUAUCCAUCGUGUCCGUCCAACGAACAAAAUCUACAACAAGAUGUUAACAAAGAAGGACGUUUACUGUGGGCCACCUUGACACCGCAUGGAACACGGCAUUUUGUGACUACUGCGAGGAGUGUGGAACGAUAUCCAAACUACGAUGAUCACUACGAAAUCAUCGACUAUCAUAACAGACCGGUUGUGCGAACGCGUGAUGGAACACCACGAAAAGUUCCAAUUAAGGCCUUUGAAAACAAUGGCUAUAGUGAUUUUGAUUACGAAGAUAUGCAUACGACAAAUGCUGAAUUGUAUCACGAUGAGAAUGACUCGGGCUAUCAGGAGCCACAUGAAGUGAUUAGUACGUUAAAUCGGAUGCAUAAUACGCGUCUGAUGGUUUCAUCACCGACUCGAAUUGAACACCCAAAUAUUCCACCAUUGAACAUCAAUGUGAAUGUGCAUCCCCAUCGAAGUGGCUCAUCAUCGGCGCAGACGAUGAGCCGAAAAGCGACUCUGUCGCGUCGAACAACCGAAACAUUAAAUUAUUAUGGCCAAGGAAGUAAUAUGUAAAAUCCAAAAUGGAAAUUGUAAGCAUUAUUAUAAUAAAAACUAAUUAGGUGAGAUGACUGCUCAAAAAUAACACGCCGAUCAAGGAACACGAAGAAAUAUAUUGAAGAAAAAUAAGGAAGAAGAAGAAAUUGUGAAAAACUCAGUUAUUUUUUAAGUCUAUGUCUGUGUCUAUUUUUUGUAUUCUGUAAAUAAUCGCUUUCGUACUAUCGCUUCUUUUAUGAAUUAAUUUUGAAACAAUGAUUGUGAACAACAACAAAAAAACAAUAUGGAUAGAUUUUUAGACAGAUUUUGAUUAUUUUUUAAAACGAAACAUCUAAGCAAAUGCUAAAUUUUAGUCCAAAAAACAACAA